GUAGUCAGGGAGGGUAGAGGGUGAAUUAGACGGAGCGUACGUGUAGCGAAGCUCGAGGUAAAACCAAGCGUGAACGAGUGGAGGAGAAAUUACUAAUUUAUUAUUGCUGGAGUCUUGAAACAUUUGCCGUAAUUUUUUGGACUAAAGUGCGUGAGCAAAGAAGAAAGUUGGUCGACUUUCUGUACUUACAUCUCUGCUGUCGAAGAUGAGCGUGCACGUUGCGGAGAAAAAGGGCAGCGCGCUCAAGGGCUCCAAUAGCAUGAUCGCGACUAUAGACAACGAGAACGAUGACCGGCAGAAUGGACAAAAUAUUAUGGUAUUCGCGCAGGACUCCCAGGGCAAGGAACUCAUCACCCUAACCGAUAAUCAAACCAUCAGCGUGACUAUAGAUACUUACUGGUUGCUAGAACUUGCUCAUAGGGAAUACCAGGCGGGAGAUUAUGAGAACGCUGAAAGACAUUGCAUGCAGUUAUGGCGACAAGAGUCAAACAACACUGGUGUUCUUCUUUUACUUUCCUCCAUACAUUUUCAAUGUAGGAGAUUAGAAAAAUCAGCACAUUACAGCAGCUUAGCGAUAAAGCAAAAUCCAUUAUUGGCGGAGGCAUAUAGCAAUUUGGGAAAUGUAUAUAAAGAGCGUGGACAGCUACCGGAGGCGCUGGAAAAUUAUCGUCAUGCUGUGAGGCUAAAACCUGACUUCAUCGAUGGUUACAUCAACUUGGCCGCGGCACUUGUGGCAGCUGGUGACAUGGAACAAGCCGUUCAAGCCUAUGUCACAGCUCUACAAUACAAUCCUGAUCUUUAUUGCGUGCGGAGUGAUCUUGGUAAUCUUUUGAAAGCAUUAGCAAGACUUGAUGAAGCCAAGGCCUGCUAUUUGAAGGCGAUUGAGACACGGCCGGAUUUUGCGGUUGCCUGGAGCAAUCUUGGUUGCGUGUUCAAUGCGCAAGGAGAAAUAUGGUUGGCGAUACACCAUUUCGAAAAAGCAGUUGCCUUGGAUCCUAACUUUCUAGAUGCUUACAUCAACCUUGGGAAUGUAUUAAAGGAAGCUAGAAUUUUUGACAGAGCUGUAGCCGCGUAUCUCCGCGCGUUAAACCUUAGUCCUAACAAUGCAGUCGUACAUGGAAAUUUGGCGUGCGUUUAUUACGAACAAGGACUCAUCGACCUGGCCAUCGACACAUAUCGUCGCGCUAUUGAAUUACAGCCUAAUUUCCCUGAUGCGUACUGCAAUCUGGCGAACGCUCUCAAAGAAAAGGGACAAGUGGUCGAAGCGGAAGAAUGUUACAAUACCGCCCUCCGACUUUGUCCCACACACGCGGAUUCUCUUAAUAACUUGGCCAACAUAAAACGCGAGCAAGGCUACAUUGAGGAGGCAACUCGCUUAUAUCUUAAAGCCCUGGAAGUAUUUCCCGAGUUUGCGGCCGCCCACAGCAAUCUCGCCUCUGUCUUGCAGCAGCAAGGCAAACUGAAUGAGGCAUUGAUGCAUUAUAAGGAGGCAAUUCGCAUACAGCCAACCUUUGCCGAUGCUUAUUCAAAUAUGGGAAACACCCUGAAAGAGAUGCAAGAUAUACAAGGCGCUCUACAAUGCUACACUCGGGCUAUCCAAAUCAAUCCGGCCUUUGCUGACGCUCAUUCCAAUUUGGCAUCGAUCCACAAAGAUUCCGGCAACAUUCCCGAAGCGAUUCAAUCAUACAGAACAGCGUUGAAGUUGAAGCCAGACUUUCCAGAUGCCUAUUGCAACUUGGCGCACUGUUUGCAAAUAGUAUGCGAUUGGACUGAUUACGAAGCCAGAAUGAAGAAGUUGGUGUCUAUUGUUGCUGAACAGCUAGAUAAAAAUAGACUGCCUAGCGUGCAUCCGCAUCAUUCCAUGCUUUAUCCUUUAUCUCAUGAGUUCCGGAAAGCUAUUGCUGCUCGACAUGCUAACCUUUGCAUAGAGAAAAUCCAUGUUCUUCACAAACAACCAUAUAAAUACCCGCGUACAAUUGGCACACGAUUGAAGAUUGGAUAUGUUUCGUCGGAUUUUGGUAAUCAUCCGACCAGUCACUUGAUGCAGUCAAUACCUGGCUUACACGAGCGUGAGAAAGUCGAGAUCUUCUGCUACGCGCUUAGCGCAGAUGAUGGCACAACCUUUCGUGCGAAGAUAGCACGAGAGACCGAGCAUUUUAUCGAUCUUUCUCAAAUUCCGUGCAAUGGGAAAGCUGCCGACCGCAUCAAUGCCGAUGGCGUCCAUAUUCUAGUGAACAUGAACGGCUAUACGAAAGGCGCUAGAAACGAGAUCUUCGCUUUGCGACCAGCUCCGAUCCAGGUCAUGUGGCUGGGUUAUCCUGGUACCUCUGGCGCAAGUUUCAUGGACUAUCUCAUUACGGACGAGGUCACUUCGCCAUUGGAGCUCGCCAGUCAAUACAGCGAGAAACUCGCCUAUAUGCCACACACUUAUUUCAUCGGCGAUCAUAAGCAAAUGUUUCCUCAUCUGAAGGAACGUUUAAUCUUAACGGACAAGUUGAAUCACAAAGGCAAAGUAGCUGACAACGUUGCGGUAAUCAAUGCCACAGAUCUCUCUCCGAUGAUUGAGAAUACUCUGAUAAAAGAGAUUCGCGAGGUAGUUGUGCCAGACAAAAAGCAACCCGUUGAAAUUUCACUCAAAGUUGCCGAAUUACCGACUACUACUCCGAUUGAAACGAUGAUUGCUUCUGGUCAGUGUCAAAUGUCUGUGAAUGGCGUCGUUGUGCAAAACGGUAUGGCCACCACACAGGUGAACAACAAAACUGCUACAGGCGAGGAGGUGCCUCAGAAUAUUGUGAUUACAACCAGGCAACAGUACGGCUUGCCGGAGGAUGCCGUAGUUUAUUGCAACUUUAAUCAGUUGUAUAAAAUCGAUCCACUUACUCUCCACAUGUGGGCACACAUAUUGAAACACGUGCCAAAUUCCGUGCUAUGGUUGCUACGUUUUCCGGCGGUCGGCGAACCUAAUCUUCAAGCAACGGCGCAACAAUUGGGUUUGACGCCCGGCAGAAUUCUGUUCAGCAAUGUUGCUGCUAAAGAAGAACAUGUGAGACGAGGCCAGUUGGCCGACGUAUGUUUAGACACACCACUUUGCAAUGGACACACAACCAGUAUGGAUGUUUUGUGGACUGGAACGCCGGUAGUUACGCUUCCGGGAGAAACUCUAGCCUCUCGUGUGGCAGCUAGUCAAUUAAACACUCUUGGCUGUCCCGAACUAGUAGCGCGAACACGGCAGGAAUAUCAAGAUAUCGCUAUUAGAUUGGGUACCGAUAGAGAAUACUUGAAAGCAACAAGGGCUAAAGUUUGGAAAGCUCGAUCAGAAAGCCCAUUAUUUAACUGCAAGCUGUACGCCAUAGGCAUGGAGAUGUUGUACACAAAGAUGUGGGAGCGUUACGCACAUGGAGAAAAUCCUGAUCAUGUUUCAGCCCUUGAUAAGAACGAUAGUCAAAAGUCAUCAAGCAUUUCUUCUUAAGAUAUUUGACGAUUACUUGAGCUUCAAUUUUGCGAUUAACAAUUUCUCUUCCCCGAAAAUUUUAACAUUUGCAAUUAUGGUUAAUAUAUCUAUAUUCCCAUCGUAUAAAUUUCGUAUCUCUGCUGAAACUAUUUUGUACAAUAAAUUCACAGAGCUUAAACUAGACAGUAGAUAUUAAUGUAUACAUUUACACAAGAUUUCUUACGAUUCUCGCGCUCUGUACUUUUUAAAAAAUGAUUUUCUUAAUAACAUUUGCGCGUUCGAUAAAAAUCAGUUGAAUCAUAUUUUGUAAAAAAUUGACAAAAUUAUGGAAAAGCAAUUUGAA